GCAUUGUUUUGAGCAAAGCAAUGAGAGAAAAGUCAGAGAUUUAUCGGAAAAUUCUACUGGAUAGAGGAAAAUAGAGUGUUUGUGCAUAUUUAUUUUGCUUUGCGGUGAACUGCAAGCGGUAUAAAAUGCAUUUCCCUAACUCAUUAUUGGCGAAUGGCUUGAAUGCAAAAAAGUGACACGGAGUGUGUGCGAAAACAUAGUGGAUUCUUUGGUGCACUGCAGCGGCACCAUAACUGCAUUCAGUGUUACUACAACGGCGCUUGUGACGGUGGCGAUAGUGAUAGUGUUGGUUUAUACAAGGCGGUGAUUUAGAAUUCAAUUUUUGCUUGCUUGUUGCGGUUGUGUAAGGAAAAUACAAAAAUUUAUAUAGAAGAGAAAAACAAAUAUUGAUAGCAGUCGCAGCGCAGUAACUGAGUUAGCGGCAGAGAGCAGUAAAAAGUGUGUAUCAUUAAAGGGGACUACGUGACCUGCUGGCUGCUAACAUGAGAAAGCGCACGUCCGACUACUAUAGCUCCGAUACGGAACAAAUGGUGGCCUCUGAGGAUAUGGGGGCUGCUAAAACGCUUUCAAUUGACGAAUAUCAAGAUAUAUAUCUGAUGCGUCCGCAAACGAAGUUGAUCUUUGAUAGUGGUUUUAAGGAAGCAAAACACAUCUAUGAUACUGGUGAUGAAGAGGUGCAACAAUUAUUGUUGAAGGAAUGUAGACUUAUAUAUGAGUGUAAAUUGUGUCGCAAUAUGUUCCGUAGUCUGACGCAGUUCAUCGGUCAUAAAAGAGAAUUCUGUCGCAGCGCAGUACCCAGCGACGGUGACAUAUCUGAGGGCGAUAAAUACAAUGGAUUCUCCAGCAAUGUAAUGGUUACCAAAGAAAUUUGUAAUAAUAAAAGUAAUAGAUGUGAAUCUGUUUUGCAAACUACUGAAGAGGCUGUGCAACAGACCAGAACUCCUUGUGAAAGUAAUGCACUUAUGGAUGAAAAAAUAUCGGGAAAUUGCACGAAUCAGCCAGUUGAAAAUGAGAAAAUAAAAACUAUAUUACACUGUCCUCAAGAGCAUUGCAUGCUGAAUUUUUCAAACACCAAAGAACUUGAAUUGCAUUUCUCACAAGAUCACACUAAAUCUAUGGUGUUCACAUCAUUUGCUGAACACAAAAUGGACAAUCAAAAGCAAGCACUUUCUGAUACCGUUGUUCUUACCAGAGCGCAGCGUAUGUCAACAAAUAAUUGCCACGCAUGUGAACAUUGUGAAAAAACUUUUGAACGCGCUGAAGCUCUAUCCACACAUCUACUACAUUGUCCGGUAAAGCAUAAUAUAUUGAGUAAAACUCUUGCCACGGGAACAGGAGACAAUAUUGCAACAAAACGCUUGAAAUUGCAAGAGUCGGCUCAGGGUCUGAUUUGUAAUGGCAAAGAAGCGCCGGACUUGAUUCCAGAAAUAGUGCAUAUAACCGAUAGUGUAGCAACGGAUGCGCAAAAUGUUGUAACUGUGAAGCAGGAGUAUGUUGUCUCAGAGGGCAGUACAACAGGCAACACAGCAAAGAAAAGGAAAUUGAAGAAUCGUAGAGUUGUCACAAAUAAAAUUAGCGCGGAUAUCGUUGGACAAACGGGACUUGAGCACAUUUCGCCUAUAAAACAGGAACCUUGCAUUGAAGUAACUCGCACGUAUGCCAAAAUUAAAUCGGAAUUAAAUCUGGCGGAUGGCGGCAGUGAUACAGAGCCAAAGAAAUUGCUUUCCACUUGCACCUAUUGCGGCAAGUCGUUUGAACGGCGCGCUGCUUUAUCGACACAUCUGCAACAUUGUCCGGUGAAGUUUAGCGUCAUUGAAAAGCACACAAUUUAUGGCAUGAGUACAUGUUCGAAACGUACAAAAUUGCAUUCAACCUCCGAGAAGACAGCAAAAGACAUGCGCCAACAAAAUGUUGCCGAAGAUCCUGAUACUGAUCUCUUAAAUGAAAUGUUUGCAAAUUUGGGUAGACAGACAUUCGGCGUGGGCCUGCAAACGGUUACAAUUGAUCACGAUGAUACGACAGCUUCCGACGGUACUGAUGAUGCCAAGGAGAGGGAGGAAGAGAAUGGAGAAAUGCUUACACCGACUAAGCUGGAAGAAACACUGCCCGCAGAUCAAAGUGUUGAACUUUCCGCUAGCAUGACAACAACAUUUGAGAGUUCACCUGAUGCACACGUUGAGGAGGACGCGGAGAAAAAGUCGAGUCGUCGUGUGCGUUCAGCGCCAAUGGAGAAACGUUUACUCUGCCGUUGUAAGAUCUGCUACAAGCAAUUCAACGCACUCAGCAACUUGCGUCGUCACAUUUCGAUGUUCCACUAUCGGGCGCAGCGUUUCGGUUGCACAUUGUGCGAUUAUCGCGCUUUCCGUCGCUACGACAUUGUCAACCAUUUGGGCAAUACGCACGCCAUGAAGGGCGAUCCCGAGGCGAUGUCAAUUGAAUUUGUUUCGGAGCACGAAGUAAACUAUAGUCGCGAAGAUGUUGAGGGCGACAUUGUUGUGCUUGAUGAAGGCAGUGAGAACUUCGGUGCGUUAAAUGAGUCAACGGAAGAUGUUGAAAAUAGCAUUGAGCCAAGACAAAAUCUGAAACGCUUAAAGCGUAACAAAACUAUAUCGAUCUCAAGUGGGCUUAGCGUUGCGCUAAAUAAGCUUACGCGUCAAAAAGUCAAACGGUCACAAUCGCAACAUGAAACAUGUGGUGGUGCCAAAACGCCGGCAAGGCGUCCCAUACGGAAUCGCAUUAAGCCGGAAAAUAAAGACUUCGUAUACGAUCUCUCCAGUUUGGUGAAGAAGGAAAACACUGAUGUACCAAACGACAUUACGCGCAGUCUGCGUCGCCGUAAUACUAUGCAUGUCGGUCCAAUGGAACCAGCUGCAAAUUGUUUAGAAUCACUUUUGGGUCCCGCAACCGGUUGGGAACAUAUACGUGGCGCCGCGCAGCGCCUCGCUGCGUCCGCCAUAAGUAGCGGUGCGGCAGCAUCUGAUACACAACCCGAAUUGCCCACAGAGAGGCCACAAAUGCGUCAGCGUUUGAUUUCAACACAUCGCGCGGACAAUCAUGCAGUGCCGGUGAUCGAGGCCAGCGAAUUGGAAGCUGCCCGUCUACAUUCUACCUUACUCGAGGACACAUUCCUUGAUAAAGUGGCCAAAUCAUCGCCAACAUCCUUUAAAAUCAAACCACUGUUAUCACUACAUACCAGCACAUUGAAUCGAUUGUUGGAAAAAGUCGAUUCAUCGCUGCAUCAAAGCGCCGCCAAUGGUAAAUCCUCGCCCAGCAGCGAGACUACGUGUAGUGAUGAGAAUGUUAUCAGUAGCAUGCAUAUCUCCCCGCCUCCGUCAAUUCCUCGCGCUAACGCUCCGCCACCCACGCCGCGCAAACGCAUCUCAAUGUUGGAUCGUCUGCGGGACGAUACCUUCAGAUACCGCGACAGUCUACUACGCUCAGCAUUGGAGAACUAAGGGCGGACAUGUAUAAUUAAUUUUUCUAAUUAUAUUUAUUAGUCUACUUUAGAUUAUGUGUAAUCAAUUAAAUUUUAGUAGUACCUAACUAUAUUGCCACCACCUAACUAUACACCCAACACACUCCCACAGACACAUACAUACAUGCAUAUGCAUGCAGUUCCAUAGGCAUCCAUAUGUAUGUGCGUAUGUAUUACAACUUAAUGGCCUGCUUGUUUCUUUCAGUGGGUUUGUUUUGUAAAUUCCAUUGCAGUUUUAUGUAUGUACGAGGAGGUCUCAAAUAUAUCUAUGUAUGUUUAGUUUGCAGUCGUACAUACACAUUUACAUUAGUAUUAGUGUAAUGCAAAGUUGUACAAUACAUGUACCUUGUACACUCAAACGAAAUUCUUAUUCAUUAUUUCGUGUGAGAGAAGCCUUACAAAAUAAAAAUAAUGACAAAAAAUACAAA